ACAAAUAAUUAUAUAAAAACACGAAAUAUUCAUGGAGCACAAGCACAUUGUUGGUCUGUAGAUAAAACGAACACCACGAGUGCCAAUCCCACCAGUCUCUCUCUCUCCACGCGCCUUUCCUUCUCUCUCCCUCUCUGCCAUGGCGAUCACUCUCCACCUCUGCCGCCUUCCAUAUCGCACCGAUCUAUUCUUCUCCGAAAGCAUCGCCGGAAAGGUCUCUCUGAGUCGCCGGAAACUCAUCUCCGUCCGAUGCUCCGGCGACUCCUCCUCUUCGGCUGCCGUCGAGUCCGAUUUCGACGCCAAGGUCUUCAGGAAGAACCUCACUCGAAGCAAGAACUACAAUCGCAGAGGCUUCGGCCACAAAGAAGCGACCCUCGAGCUCAUGAAUCGCGAGUACACCAGUGAUAUUAUAAAGACGUUGAAGGAGAACGGGUUCGAGUACACGUGGGGAAAUGUGACGGUGAAGCUCGCCGAGGCGUACGGCUUCUGUUGGGGCGUUGAGAGAGCCGUCCAGAUUGCUUACGAGGCCAGAAAGCAGUUUCCUGAUGAAAGGAUUUGGAUUACAAACGAGAUCAUCCACAAUCCAACCGUCAAUAAGCGAUUGGAAGAGAUGAAGGUGGAGAACAUCCCAAUAGAGGAAGGGGAGAAGCAAUUUGAGGUGGUGAACAAGGGUGAUGUGGUCAUUUUGCCUGCUUUUGGAGCUGGAGUGGAUGAGAUGCUCAACUUGAGUAACAGAAAUGUUCAAAUUGUUGACACUACUUGCCCAUGGGUUUCCAAGGUUUGGAAUACUGUGGAGAAGCACAAGAAAGGAGACUACACAUCAAUAAUUCAUGGUAAAUAUGCUCAUGAGGAAACUGUAGCCACUGCUUCUUUUGCUGGGAAGUACGUUAUAGUGAAAAACAUGGAUGAGGCAACAUAUGUGUGUGACUAUAUUCUUGGUGGUGAACUGAAUGGAUCUAGCUCAACUAGAGAGGCGUUUCUAGAGAAAUUUAAAAAGGCACUUUCUCCGGGGUUUGAUCCGGACAGAGACCUAGUAAAAGUUGGCAUUGCGAAUCAGACUACGAUGCUUAAGGGGGAGACAGAAGAGAUUGGAAAAUUAGUUGAGAAGACCAUGAUGCGUAGGCAUGGAGUGGAAAAUAUCAAUGACCACUUUGUCAGCUUCAACACAAUAUGUGAUGCGACUCAAGAGCGACAAGAUGCAAUGUACAAGCUUGUUGAGGAAAAGCUAGAUCUUUUGUUAGUCAUUGGUGGGUGGAACUCGAGUAACACCUCUCACCUACAAGAGAUUGCAGAAGAGCGUGGAAUUCCCUCAUAUUGGGUUGACAGCGAGAAGAGAAUAGGCCCUGGAAACAGAAUAGCUUAUAAACUCAAUCACGGCGAGUUGGUUGAGAAAGAGAACUGGCUUCCUCAAGGUCCUAUCACUAUUGGUGUGACAUCUGGUGCCUCUACUCCAGAUAAGGUCGUUGAAGACACUCUUAUCAGGGUUUUCGACCUCAAGCGUGAAGAAGCCCUUCAACUAGCGUAAUCUAAGUUAGGCAUCAUCACUACACAGUAGCCCAGUUCAUCACAGCUUUAUAAUUGUAUAAUCAAGAUGAAAGUCCUUACUGUAUCUUUAUGUUGUAAGGCUCCAAGACCCUAGAAAUGUAAUUGCUGUAUCUUAUAGAGGUCAAGGUUUUAUUUCUGGAACGUCUUCCUGAUAUGCGGAGCAACUAUUUGUCAUUGGUGAGAA